CGUGGGUAAUAACGUCUCUCACCUUUCACAUGCGCAUGAAGAUUUUGCCGGUGGGAUUUGUGUAUGUACGUACUACUAUCACGGUAACACGUAUUACGAUCUUUCUGCACUAGGCCUUACUGUCCACGCUGCGAAUUCGUAUCAAUUAUACUGGGUUAUAAGCACGUUUAUACAGAGAGCGAUGUGAGUUUGUGCGGUGGAGAAAAGUCGCAAAAAGAUAUUCUAUACGAACAUGAUUAUCGUGCUGUUCCACGUGUUUUAUUUGUUCGGUCAGUAUAUAUACAAAAAUUAUUGCAUCAAGAGGCCGAGAGCUUUGUGCGAUGCCGCAAAGGAUACAGAAUCCUCGUCCGAACUGCAAAACUACGAAAUGUUCAGUGAUAAUUCAUCGCGCGACAAUGACAACGAUGAGAAACCUCCAACGUCCAAAUACCGUGAGAGAGAAGGGUUGAAAUUUGAUCCGCCAGCAUAUAUACAAAGAUACAGCGCGGUACAGAAUAUUCUUAGUGAUCCUAUGUAUAAGGGACAAAUACGAAAGGUUGUUGAUUUUGGGUGUUCAGAAUUAGGUUUUUUGCGUUAUUUGAAAAAUAUGCAAGGAGUAGAAGAGAUACUUUGUGUUGACAUUGAUAGGCAAGUUUUAGAAUAUAACAAAGCAAAAGCAGAGCCAUAUCUCAUGGAAUAUGUAUGUUGUCGAAAAACGCCACUUGUAAUUGAAUUAUGUGAAGGAAGUGUAACACAUCAUGACCGAAAGCUGGAGCAAACAGAUGCUGUAAUUUGCAUUGAAUUAAUUGAGCAUUUGUAUCCAGACACAUUAAUGGAUCUGCCUUUUAAUAUUUUUGAAUACAUUAUGCCAAAAGUAGCAAUAGUAACUACUCCAAAUGCAGAUUUCAAUGUACUAUUUUCGAAUUUCUCAGGCUUUAGACAUCCAGAUCAUAAAUUUGAGUGGACAAGAAAACAAUUUCAAGAUUGGGCACAAAACAUUGUGGUAAAAUAUCCAUCUUAUAGUGUGACAUUUCAUGAAAUUUGUAAAGGACCUGCAGGCACUGAAAAAUUAGGUGCAUGCACACAAAUGGCAGUAUUUCACCGAAAUUCAUUGAUAGAAGAAUGUAAUAAAAUAAUAGGAGUAGAUGGACUAUUUAAGAUAGUGGCUAGAUAUGAUUAUCCAAUAUAUGUUGACAAUCGUUCAGACGAGGAGAAAUUACUGCAUGAAGCGACAUAUCAUAUCAUGAAAUUAGCAUACACUCAAGAGAUUCAAGAUGAAGUACUUCUAAGUGAUGUAUUACCUUAUUUGAAAGAAAAAAAUUUCAAUGUCACAAUAGAAAUGCUAAAAAAUGUCUUAAUAGAUGCAAAUUGGAUUAUCAAAAAUCGAGAAGACGGACCUAUAGUAAAAAUUGAUGUUUCUUCUUCUGAUUGUGAGGAUGAAGAUGAGAAUUUUCAUAUAGAUAAUACUGAUUUGAUAAAUGAAGAAAAUGUAAAUGAAUUGAAUUAUGAAUAUGAAACAUUAGCAAAUGAAAUAUCUUCUAAUGUAGAUGAACAAAAUCCAUACAUUGAAAGUUGGGACGAACAACCUAGCAUCAUCAUACCUGAAAAUCGCUCUAUUAUCCAAGAAAAUACUUAUUUAUUUGAUGGUGAACAUUUCUUAUCAGAGUAUCAAUCACCUGAAGAAUCACAUAAAACUGGCAACAGUGAUAUUAAUAGGCAUUCAAAGAUUAACAAUAUUACAGAAUCUUUAAUAUAUACUGAACGAGAACUUCCAAGUAAUUCGACUUCUUUUGAUUUAAAUGAGACAGAAAUGAAUAAUAAAGCUGAAAUGAUCGAUGUCGAUAUGCCGCCAGUUUUCGACACAUCCCAGAUAAUAUCCGAUAGUAGGUUAAAAUUCAAAAACUCGUCAGUCGACAAUAAAACAAAAGAAUUAACUCCAUCACAGAAUAAUGAUAUAAAUUUAAAAGCUGCAGAAUUACCAGUACAAGAAAUUACAUUGUUCAAUUUUCAACCAUAUAAGUCAUCGACUUCUUUAGAACCAGAUUUCUUCAGUUUUGAAUCGAAUAAUUCUUUACAUAGCGCGAAUUAUCAAAACGGAUCAUGCGACAUAUUUCACCAGUUUUCUUUAAACAAUAUUUUUUAUCAAUCUGAAAUGACAAAUAAGCCAGUUAUGAAUAUAGAAGAAUCUACUGCAAAGGACAAACUUUCCUUGCCGUGUGAAAAAAGUUCUUCGGAAAAAGAUGGUAUACACAAAAGUGAAAUAGAUUCUUCAAUACAUAUGUUCUCAAAUUGUUCUAAAAUCAAUGAUAGUUGUAAUUUUGAACAAAUGAUUUCAUUUAAGAAUCAGGUUUAUGAAAAGAAUGAUAUGGCAGAUACGCCAUAUAAUAUACCAUUAAACAUUUGUAGUAGUAGUAAUAGUGCUAAUAAUCAACCAAGAUUUACAAGUUCACCUAAAGCUUCUAUAAAAACAUCCACCAAUAUAAUUAAACAAAACUGUCCCGAAUUGAAAGAACAUGCAGUGAAUAGGAACAUCUUACCAUGUACAAAAGAAGCAAUUAAGAAAACUGUAUCAAAUAGUAAUAGUAGUUCAUUAAAAGAUAUUAAUCAGAAAUCUAGUAAUACUAUUACAGAACAAACAUUGUGCGCAAAGUCUUUAAGCAAUGAUAUUACUAAUAUUUCAAAAAAUAAUGUAGACUUAUGUCUUAUUAGCAAUAACGCACAGCAACAUUUGUGUUUAGAGAAUAAAGAAUUUACCGAAGUUGUGAACUCAAAGCAAGGUACAGAUGAAAAAUUUGUAAAGAGGAAUAUUGUAAUCAAUUGUGAGUCCGAUUUCGCGUAUGAUAUACAAAAUAUAGAUGCACACCACAGUUUGUCAUCGAACAAUGAGAAUAUUGACAACAAAGAAGAAAACAUGUGCUGUACAUUAACAAAGACAAAUGAUAAUGGUACGAAUGCACACCAAGAAAACGUGAUUGAUUUUGCACAGUCGAAUAUAAGGAAAAAGAGCUUAAAUCCGCCUAAAGAAUUAUCGAGUUUCAAAUCGCAGAAUAGUAGCGAAUGUUCUUCUACUGAAUGUGCCAAAAAGACUAGUGUUUUAGAAAAUGAUAGAUUUGUAUCUAGUAGCAGUAAUAAAGAUGCAAAUAAUGUUCAGUUUGCAUCAGUAUUAAAAAAAAAUGACGAGAUUGUUGGUACAAGCAAAGAUGUAAAUACAUCGAAUAUUGUUGGAUUAGUAAAUAAUAUCGAAGCUAAAUCAGUUUCUCCCUUUGAGACUCCUCCGAACAGUUGGUCUCCCGAAAUUAUGGAUUCUGGUUAUCCAAAUUCAGCAUCCGUGCAAGAUAUAACACCAGAAUAUGAUUUAUCCAGCAUAGCUCAAGAUCAUAUACCAGAUUCUGAAUCGCCGAGCAUUGCUGAAGCGCCAAGACUUGGCGUUUUGGAACCGAUCGAGGUGGAAAAUGGUGAUUUGGCGAACAAUAAUAGGGAUGAUGAGGGUAACAAUAUGAUGGCUGUGGAUGCUAAUGAUAUUGAAAAUUUGCAACCAUUUAUUGACGUACUGGAAAACGAUCUCGAGAAUGAAAACGAUAUUUACGUAAUGCAAAACGGUUUUCCUAUAUGGCUAUUGAGAUUAUUGGACAUGGCCAAUCCGCUUGAUAUGCAAGGUCGGCAAAAUUUGAGGGACCCCGAAGAUGAAAUUGCAGAUGAUGCUAAUUAUGUAGGUCGUGACGAAGGUUUCGAUAGCAGUUCUUCCGAGAAUGAGAGCGAUAUAUGAAAUGGAAAAUGAUAACAAGGACAAAGAAAAUUUCUUACUGGGGCGAAUGUGAUGUGUGUGAUAUAAUUAAGAUAUUAUAAUGUAAUCAUACAUAUCAUUUUUUGAUGUUCUCAACAAAGUCUGCACUAUAGGCUUGAAAGGUAAACUUAUGUACAUUGGAGAACAUUCUUGAUUACAUUUGAUAUCUGAUACAAAAUUUUGCAUUUUAGAAUAUAGAAUAUUUGAUAUAAUAAUUUUUUCAUUUAUUUAAAUCAUGUUGAUAUAAAACUACCUCUUCAUUUAUUUUUAAUAGCAAACUUCCUAAUGUUUAUAUAUGUAGCAUUAUUAAAUAAUAUUUCAAACUUCUAUGUGUAGCGUUUUGUAUAACAGUAAGAUAAAUCUGAUUAUUAAGUAGAAAUAUAUAU